GAACCUAAGCACACUUCUUGGAUUGCUCAACAGCUGUUUUGUGUUAUAAUAUGAAAAAAAUAUUAUUCUAGUCGAGCCAUCAGUUAAAAUGCUUCUGACACUUCGCGUCCAGGGGACGAGGCAUUGCCUUCCUGCCUGCGCCAACGGGUUUCGCUUCCUGGCCAGCAGUGCCGCCCCGGAGAAGUCGGAGAAGGUGCCCCCAGCCCCCGCGCAAUCGCAGCUGGAGGUCAACGGGAGCACGUACGCCACCGAUGGCUGGACUAAUGUCACGCCCAAAAUCCUAUCCUACCUAGGAGCCAACAAACAUCUGCAAACAGAUCACCCAUUGUCCAUCAUCCGCCAGCGCAUUGUUAACUAUUUUUACGGAGCGUAUCGCAACCAGCGCGGGAAUCCCCUGUUCUCCGUCUACGACAAACUAAAUCCAGUGGUCACUGUGCAGCAGAACUUUGACAACCUUCUGAUUCCCGCGGACCAUGUCAGCCGCCAGAAGUCGGACUGCUACUAUGUCAACGAGCAACAUUUGCUGCGGGCCCACACCACUGCCCAUCAGGUUGAGUUGAUCUCCGGUGGACUGGACAACUUCCUGGUGGUGGGCGAGGUCUAUCGUCGCGACGAGAUCGACAGCACCCACUACCCCGUGUUCCACCAGGCCGACGCCGUACGUCUGGUGACUAAAGACAAGCUUUUUGAGCGCAAUCCCGGCCUGGAACUGUUUGAGGAGACGUGGUCGGGUCAGCUGGCUGAUCCCAAGCUCAUCCUACCCUCCUCCAAGUUUAUGGACCAGACCAAGCAGCCGUGCCAUACGCUAGAGGCUGUUAAGCUUAUGGAGCACGAGAUGAAGCACGUGUUGGUGGGCCUGACAAAGGAUCUCUUUGGUCCGCGCAUCAAGUACCGCUGGGUGGACACGUACUUCCCCUUCACACAGCCAUCGUGGGAGCUGGAGAUCUACUUCAAGGACAACUGGCUGGAGGUUCUCGGCUGCGGCAUUAUGCGGCACGAGAUUCUCCAGAAGGCCGGAGUCCAUCAGUCGAUUGGAUACGCUUUUGGUGUGGGGCUGGAGCGUCUGGCCAUGGUUCUGUUCGAUAUUCCCGACAUCCGCCUGUUCUGGUCGAACGACAGCGGCUUCCUGUCCCAGUUUAGCGAAAAGGACCUGCACAACCUGCCAAAGUACAAACCCAUUUCCCACUAUCCGCAGUGCACGAACGACUUGUCGUUUUGGCUGCCGGAGAACGUGGAGGUGGACGCCGGAUUCUCGCCCAACGACUUCUACGACCUGGUGCGCUCUCUCGCUGGGGAUAUGGUGGAGCAGAUCAGCCUGGUGGACAAGUUCAAGCACCCGAAGACGGGCCGGACCAGCUUGUGCUUCCGCAUCGUUUACCGUCACAUGGAGCGCACUCUCACCCAGGCGGAGGUCAACGAAGUCCACAAGCACAUCGCCAGUGCCAGUGUGGAUAGUUUUAAUGUGCAAAUACGUUAGUCCUAAUUGUUCCAAUUCAAACCAAAAAACUCCGAGUAAAUUAGCCAUCAUUGUCAGGAA